GCAGAAGGCGUCGGAGGCGCAUGCUCCCUGGCGGUCCCGGUGCCCAACUCUGGCGCCGGCGCUGGCCUCCUCCGCGCGCACACUCUGGGCCCGGCUGCAGGCAUGGCGGCCAGUCUGUGGAUGGGCGACCUGGAGCCCUACAUGGAUGAGAAUUUCAUCUCCAGAGCCUUUGCCACUAUGGGGGAGACGGUGAUGAGCGUCAAAAUUAUCCGAAACCGCCUGACUGGAAUCCCAGCUGGCUACUGUUUUGUAGAAUUUGCAGAUUUGGCCACAGCCGAGAAGUGUUUGCAUAAAAUUAAUGGGAAACCCCUGCCAGGAGCCACACCUGCAAAACGUUUUAAACUAAACUACGCCACUUAUGGGAAACAACCGGAUAACAGCCCUGAGUACUCCCUCUUUGUGGGGGACCUGACCCCAGAUGUGGAUGAUGGCAUGCUGUAUGAAUUCUUCGUCAAAGUCUACCCCUCCUGUCGGGGAGGCAAGGUGGUUUUGGACCAGACGGGCGUGUCGAAGGGCUAUGGUUUUGUGAAAUUCACAGAUGAACUGGAACAGAAGCGAGCUCUGACCGAGUGUCAGGGAGCAGUUGGCCUGGGAUCAAAACCUGUGCGGCUGAGUGUGGCAAUCCCCAAAGCAAGCUUGUGGCUGGGGCAGAGCGACGACCUGCGAGGGCAGAUUCAUUCAGUUGUUGCCGGUAGCAGCCCUGGGAAAGCAGCAUGUCCUGCGUACUUAAUGUUCCUGCUCUUGGCCCGGAGCCGUGUGAAGCCAGUGGAGUACAGUCAGAUGUACAGUUACAGCUACAACCAGUAUUACCAGCAGUACCAGAACUACUACGCCCAGUGGGGCUAUGACCAGAACACAGGCAGCUAUAGCUAUAGCUACCCCCAGUACGGCUACACGCAGAGCACCAUGCAGACAUAUGAAGAAGUCGGGGAUGACGCCUUGGAAGACCCCAUGCCACAGUUGGACGUGGUGGAGGCCAACAAGGAGUUCAUGGAGCAGAGUGAGGAGCUAUACGACGCCUUGAUGGACUGUCACUGGCAGCCCCUGGACACCGUAUCCUCAGAGAUCCCUGCCAUGAUAUAGUCGGGACAGAGGAGCUGCUGACACAGACUGUGCUGGAGAGAGACUCCUUUUUUAACAAAAGUGCUGGAACAACUUUUACCUUUUUGGAAAUGUUUUGUAAAGUUUUUAGUAAUCAACUCUUGAGAUGAUGACCAUUCCUGCACCACCACUGCCUUCCUCUGCCCAUCAGCCUUUGGAGUUUGAAAACCACAGGGCCAUUGAGGGAGGUUUGAAAUGUCUUUGAAGUGUCUUCCAGGUAGGGAUGUUACCUAGUCUUGGGAGAUCAGAGUUUGGGGUUAUUAAAGUGGAUCAUAUUACUCAAACAAGAGGGCCAUCUCAGGUGACCCUGCAUCCUUAAAAGGUUCUCUGUGGUCAGAGUGCCUGGGUCACAUGCUACAUGCCAAGUGGGGGCAAUGUGGACCCUCCAUUUCAAGCACCCCUUCACCCAACAAGUUUGGUUUUAGGUUUCGUGGCUGCAUGUGGUAGGAUGUGAUGGAACCAGCAACACCUAGACCAAAAGGCUCGGAGGACAAGCCUAGCUUUAAUAAGCCCUUGUUUGAGGACAUUAUUGUGCUAUCUG